CAAGACGUCGAGAUGAGGCACAGCGGCCUAUCAGAUACGAAAACGGACGUCGCAGAAUCGCAACAGACGGAUGUAGAUGUCCUGGACGUGCUUUUCGCAAACGUCACGCUGCUAGACAAGUCUGUCGCGUCAAAGGGCGAGCCUAGAUUCGUCGCGAAGGUUCUACGACAGACGAUGUCAUGUCGUGCGAAUCUCACGCCGCACAAGCUCGUGGACUUUUUCCUCGCCGCGCUUCACAGCAAAGUUCCGACGAAGGAUGCCCUCGUCGCGCUUGCGGGGGGCGAGCCGACGCCGACGCCUGUGCAGACGCCCGCGACGCCGGUAAAGUCCCCGACGCGACGCAGCGCGCGCGGUAAGAAAACGCCCGCGGAAGAUGACGUCCCGGACGCGAGCGCGGAGGUUUCGAAGGCCGAAGAUGAGGCUCUUCGAACGCCGAUCCCUCGGCCGCGUGCGAAGCCAACACCAAUGCAGACGCUCCUCCCCGAGGUGGAGGCGUACGCGCAUUUACUCGUGUUGAUGUUCCUCACGGAUAACGGUGACGCGCGGUGCGUUCAAGCUUCUAUCGACGCGGCGAACCGCCUGAAGGUUUUCAACCGCCGAACGAUGGAUCAGCUAGACGCGCGCGUGUUGUUUUAUGUCUCGUUGAGCCAUGAGAAGCACGCGGAGCUUUCAGAUGUUCGAAGCGCAUUGCUGGCGUCGUUGCGAACAUCCGCGUCGAGGUUCGACGAGAUCGGUCAAGAGAGCUCGCUGAACAUGCUACUGAGGAAUUAUUUACACUAUAACCUGUACGAACAGGCGGAGAAGCUGCGUUCGAAAGCGACGCUACCCGCGUCUCGGUCAAACCAGCAGCAGUGCAGGUACUUGUACUACCUCGGACGCAUUCGCGCGAUUCAGCUCGAGUACUCGGAAGCGAAAGAGUGUCUACAAAUGGCACAACGCAAAGCGCCGAAAUUCGCGCGAGGGUUCACGUUAGAGCUUUCGAAAUGGAUUACCGUUGUUCAAUUACUCUUAGGCGAAAUCCCGGACAAGAAGGACCUCACUUAUGGCGGCGGUGUCACCGCUGCUGCACUGCGACCGUACCUCGACCUUGCGAAUGCCGUGCGGUUGGGGGACCUCGAGAAGUUCCGCGUCGUUGCGGGCGCGCACGAACACGUGUUCACGUGCGACAAAACCACGAAUCUUGUCGUUCGCCUGCGACGGAACGUCAUCCGUGUCGGCCUACGAAGAAUUUCUCUCGCGUACACAAAGAUUCACCUCACGGACGUGGCGUCCAAGCUCGGUCUCGGGAAAGAUGACGACGUCGAGUGGGUUGUCGCGAAGGCGGUUCGCGACGGCGGCAUCGACGCAAUGAUAGACCACGACGCGCAGAUCAUGUACAGUAAAGACAUCAGUGACGUGUACGGGACGACAGCGCCGCAAGAAGCAUUUCACGCGAGGAUCGCGUUUUGUUUGGACACGCACAACGAGGCCGUCGUCGCGAUGCGGUAUGCUGCGGGCGGAAAGACGCCGGCGAAAUCGAGUCGAAAGACUUUGAAUGACGCGGAUGCGGAGGAGCUCGUCAUGCACAUAUUGGACGACGACGAGUUUUAAGGGAAGCGCGCGUAAGAUGUCGCUCGCGCAGCCCGCGCAGCGCCCAUUCUAGUUUCCCAUUCGAGCGCGUGCCCGGUCGCGCCCCUCCCCUCGCGGAUUGUCAGAAAUGUUUUGAACGACACAGAUCAAGUUUGCACAGUGCGACGGCGCACAUCGUUCUCGUCUCCUAGCUCGCCCGGUGGCUGGUCAGCUGAAAUAUCUACGUGAUAUUACUGUGUGAUUGCCUAACACGGCGCUGCUGUCGUCUGAGCGCGUUCUCGUCAUAGUGGAGUUCAAGAAUAGGACAGGCCAUCAUGCAUGAGAGUUAACUCACCUGUCGAACAUUAUUCCGAAAUUAGUUCCAUAAAUGCACGGAGGUACGAAGGUAACAUCGAUUCAAGAGAGCGAGGCUACAAUAUUUGGGGUUUUUCCCGGACCUAGGCACGAAAAUUUCAGCCUAUCAAAUGCGUUUGGAGUUUCGUAUGCACACGGGACCUGAAGAUGAACUCUUCAGAUGAAAACCAUUUUUAAACCAAUACACGAACUUCCGUACU